AUGACAGAUUAUAAACCUAUCAAUCAUUCAAAACCUCAAAUAAAUGAUGACGACCUUUUCACCAAUAAUAAUAAUAACAUCAAUGAUUCCGAUCCAUAUUUUGCUACUCCACCACCACCUUUUCCACCAAAUAUUGAAUUAGGUAACAUGAAUGAGAACACAUCAUCCCAAGCACAACAAGAUAAGCAAGACCGAAAUACUUCACGUCCAGGAGAAUGUACUCCAGAUAUGUGUAGAGUUGGAUUUUGUAUGGGAGUAGGUCUUGCCCUUUUAUUUAUUUCUAGUAUUCUUAUUACAGCAGGAGAUACUAAAUUAGUUAAAAUAUCAGGUAUAAUAGGUUUAUUCUUAAGUGUAUUUUUAAUAUUUGUUGCUGGUUGUAUUGUAUUUGAUGUUCACACUGUUUAUGGUCAAGAAAAAUUUCUCAAAUUUGUUGGACUUGGUUUGGUGGGUACUGUUAUUAUCCUGAUUGUUACAAUGAUUAUAACUUAUUCUUUACUAUGA